AUGCGGGUAACGAUGGUGUUUAUCUUGGCAGGAUUCAUGACGAUUUGGUUGCUUUGUGUGGGAUUGAUUUGGCACAUAAGGAUGAAUCGAGCAGGGGCAUUUAAAGGAAACGUAGAAGCAGCGAGAAAAGUGAUUUUACCGGCAUACGAACCUGUACUGUUCGUGAUGGCAAUUAUCAAUGGUGCCUACAUCGUCUUUCUAGUGGUGGCGUUUGCAACAGACUACUUCGACGUGUUCAUCUCCCCGGUCAUACUUGAAUCGUUCUGUUCCGGCAACCAGUUCAUGUUUGUGACCGUUCUGAUGCUUAUGUUCGAGAAAAGCUUGUCAUUCCCAGCCGUCAAGCGAGCAGUGGGACUGUCGUUGAUUCUAUCCUACUACACCACCUUGUAUGUUUGGGUGGUGACGAAUUUCGGGCCUCCAAAUCAUCAAAAGGAGUUUACGAUUGGUCUUCAGUUUGUGCGAGGCUUGUUAAUGCUCCCAUUUCUGUACGCAUUUAUCAAGCCUCCAAACCGAGCUACGAAGAGAAUCAUUCGAGAACUGUGUUUCGCUACCUUCGUGUUCUACACGCUCAUGGUUCUAGUGGUGAUAUUCGCCACGAAUCCAAAGACUGCUCGUAAUAGCCACUAUGUUCUCUUUGCGAUACUAUCGUGGGUUGCAUUUUGUCCUUUGGUCGUGUGGCGAGUGUUGAAAGCAGACACCGAGUAUUGGCGAGGAGUCGGACAACGAGCGUGUGCUUUGCAGGAUUAUUUUCAGCGGGAAAAUGGUCUGAGCGAGCGUAUUUCCUCUAACGGUAUACACGUGCUCAUUGAAAUGAAUCGAAAGUGUGUGAUCGAUUUCGCAUAUCUGGAACUCGUUCGGCAGAUUGGGGUGGGCUCCAAGUCAGCUGUAUUUCAAGGUAUGCUCAAGAUGAAAACCCACGUCGCUGUCAAGGCAUAUGCACCGUCAAGUUGCUCCGACGACGUUGUUGCAGCAUUUUCGCACGAAGCAGCCAUGUGCAGUGUUUUGAAUCACCCCAACAUCGUUAAAUUUCAUGGAAUGUGUGUAGCACCGCCAACCAUUUGCCUCGUCUUCCAGCUCUGCCAGGGAAAUUUGGCCGAUACGCUGGCGGAUCAAGCUCGCCGGCAAAAUGCUCACCCUGCUCGACAGCAACUACUGAUUAAUAUCGGAAUGAUGCUAGAUGCUGCUCGUGCUGUAUCUUAUCUUCACAGCUUCUGGCCCCCUUUAGUUCAUUGCGACAUCCAGCCAACAAGUUUCCUUGUGGAUGCAGCAUGCAACGUGCAAUUAUCGGAUUUUGGCGAAUCAAGGAGUGUGAACCGAAAAAAAAGAACAGUUGCAUCAAAAGCAAAAGUACCCAUUCUGGAGAAUAAACAAUUUGAGCACAAACUGGUUGUUGAUUCGCCGAUGGGUACAACAGACUCGACUGCUGACUCACCGUGGAGGAUGCACAUGGAGAAGAACUCGGCAGCAUACACAGCACCCGAGAUCAUUGAGCAAGGAGAGCUGAGUGUACAUGGAGAAGCGGCUGAUGUUUAUUCACUUGCUGUUACGAUGUGGGAUAUUUUACAUCCAGGUGGUGAUAAGUACCCGCGAGCAAAUGAAGAUCAUGUGCAAGUAAUUGAAGAAGUCCUACAUGGUGCGCGUCCCCGACUAAGCACUAAUACGCCUUCGCGACUACGUGGUAUAAUUGAGCGCUCAUGGCACGGUGAUCCUCGCUUACGUCCUUCGGCAACACAAAUUGUCGCUGCGUUGGAAGAAAUCCAAGAGGAAUUAUGCUCGCGACUGGUUCUCGAUAUAGUGAGCGGGCUAAGCGAAUUCUUUGACGUCAUGAAUGAAUCUACUUGUAGUUCAAGAUUACCUGGUGUUCACCACACACUCGCCUUCCCCGGAGCAUUCAUCGUCGACAGAAUGAUCGACCAGCGGUUUGUAAGGUGUCCAGCUGAGGGGAUUCGCAUGGGCAAUGCAUUGAUGGAUUCUAGCGUCCUGCACCACGUCAACCAUUCCAAGAGCUUUGAGAACAGUGCUACCGCGCGGUACUAUUUCGCUUUCGAUGCAAGCGUGGAGAGCUCGAGCAGCUCAUUUAGCCAAAAUGAGUCACAAAUUCCCAUGCUGGCUCGUGGAUCCAACGGGGGCCACCCUCGAACGUCCUUCAGCUUCGUACGACCACGGAGCGAACCAGAUUGUCAGUGUCGACUGCUAG